AUGGCUUCACAAUCGCAGCCCGUCCCUGAGGGGAUGGAGAACUUCGUCGUCGGACUGAUCGGUAUGGGCGAUAUGGGCAAGAUGUAUGCCGAAAGGCUGUCUGCCGCUGGCUGGAGCGUCGAGGCCGCCGUCAUUGACCGUGUAAUUGCUCAGUAUGGACCAUCUACCAAGCUUGGUGCCAUUGUUGGAGGUCAAACCUCUUGCAAGUCCCCCGAGAUCGCUGCCUUUGAGGCUCACCUCCCCGCCGACGUCGAUAUUAUCUCGUGCCACUCACUUCAUGGCCCCAAUGUUGAUCCGACUAACCAACCCCUUGUGCUCAUCCAACACCGUGCCCCAGAUUCAGCUCUCCGAAAGGUUGAGACUGUCCUCAGCUGUCUCCGCUCAAAGUUUGUCCAUCUCUCCGCCCGCGAGCACGACCGCAUCACCGCCGAUACUCAAGCAGUCACCCAUGCAGCCUUCUUAUCUAUGGGUAAGGCGUGGCACGCUAACAAGCAAUUUCCUUGGGAGCUGAGUCGAUAUGUUGGCGGUAUUGAGAAUGUCAAGGUCAAUUUGAUGCUGCGCAUCUACAGUCAAAAAUGGCAUGUGUACGCCGGCCUUGCUAUUCUUAACCCUGAAGCGAGUGAACAGAUCUCACAGUACGCACGAAGCGUCACCGAUUUGUACAAACUCAUGCUCGAAGGAAACCGUGAGGGCUUCAGAGAACGAGUCUACCGUGCACGCGACAAGGUAUUCGGUUCAUCCACGACCUGGGACACACGCCCCUUGCUUGAGCCGUCGAUCCUGUCGUCCUUCUCGCUCGGCACGCCUACUGAUGAGCCUCGACCCAACAACCAUCUCUCGAUCCUUGCAAUGGUCGACUGCUGGGCGGCGCUCAACAUUGUGCCAUACGAUCAUAUGCUCUGCAGCACUCCUCUCUUUCGCUUGCGCCUUGGUGUCACUGAAUACCUGUUCCGCAACGAAGAUGUCCUCGAGGCAGCCAUUGAGACUGCAAUCGAGGAUAAGACGUACCGUAGCGAUGAUCUGGAGUUUACUUUUGCAGCACGGGCCUGGGCUGAGUGUGUCAACCUGGGACAUUUCGAGACAUGGGAGAAGCGGUUCGUGAGUACUCAACAGUUCUUUGAACCACGGUUCGAGGAGGCCAAGGUGGUGGGUAAUCAAAUGAUGAAGAAGAUAUUGGAGAAUUCCAAGGAUAAUUAG